UGUAGGGCCCUCAAGGCCUGAAGAAAAGCAUGAAGGAUGAAAUAAAUAGUGUGUCCCUCCAAAACAAUCACAUGCUCCGCCGACUACCAAAGUUUCAUUUAUUAUUUCACUAAAAAUGCACAAAUCCCCAACACACAUUUCCUCUGCAAAACCUCCAGAAAGUGCAGUGCAGUGCAAUCCUCAAGGCGGACAUUUUUGGACAUGCAAAAAGCUCCAUCUUUACCCAAUUCACCUUCCAACGAAAAUUGAUAUGGUUGAACAAAAUUAUAUGGAUGGAAUUUCAAUGGGACAUAUUGAGAAUGAAGACUUUGAGAGCAUACUGAAUGGUUUGGAUUUUUCUAUCGAAAAUUUGGAAGCAGACCGAUUGGAUGAAGAUUGGGAUGCGACGGUAUACGGUGAAUUAUUGGGGCCAAUUCCUUCGGAAACUCUUAUGAGUUUACCUCCUUUGGAGUUGACCAAUGUUGAUAACGUAUUUCCGGAGGCCCAAGGGAAUGUUAUAUUCCAGACAGGAAGUCCAAUUUCUGUCCUGGAGAACACCCGCUCUUGUUCUGGUGGAAGGAGUGCAACAUCCUUCAACUUUGGAUCUAAAGGCCGUCGCUCCAAGCGUGCACGAUCAUCUACUUUGAAUCCAUGGCUUAAGAUGGCUCCCAUGCCUUGGACAACUUCUGCAGCCAAGAAGAAUUCUGAUUCCAAAAUUGGAAAGGUAAAUAAGAGAAAAUUAUCAGGUGCCAUGGCGUCGCCUUUAUUUAAAAGGUGCACACAUUGUGAAGUAACAAAGACACCACAAUGGAGGGAAGGACCAUUGGGUCCAAAGACUCUAUGCAAUGCCUGUGGAGUUCGUUAUCGUUCUGGACGCCUACUCCCAGAGUAUCGGCCUGCUGCUAGUCCCACAUUCAUUCCAUCUUUGCACUCAAACUCUCACAAGAAAGUCGUAGAAAUGAGAAGAAAAACAGUUGAGUCUUCUCCUGAAUGUGACAGCCAAAAAAACUUUGUUCCUCUGGGUAGCUAUUUGUUAGAUGAAUAUUUUUAAAGAGAUGACUAUAGUUUUAGUUAGGUACUUAAUUUACUUCAUUGUUGUUUUUUUUUAUGUUACAUACAAAAGGGUACGUAGGAAGUUAGUUUAUUUCUCUUAUGUAAAAUCUAAACUAGAUGAAUAUUAUUUUUUAGAUAUUUCAUCUUGGAACUA